AUGCUAUUAGAUGCGAUGGUUGGCCACGAACGAGACCAAAGCCCUCAACUGGCGGAUCUCGCCAGUAUUAAUGAGCUUCCGGGAAACAUGCCUGCCCCGUCGAAAGAGUCAAAAAAGCAGACCGAGGCCAAUGGACAGACCGGCGUCAAUGGCAAUAACCCCCCUCCCAAAACAGACAAGCCGCGACCGCAUGUUUGCACAACCUGUGGCCGAUCCUUCGCGCGACUGGAGCACCUGAAGCGUCACGAGCGGUCGCACACAAAGGAGAAGCCCUUUGAAUGUCCCGACUGCGCGCGGUGCUUCGCUCGUCGUGAUCUGUUGCUCCGGCAUCAGCAGAAACUGCACAUGACAACAACACCCUCCUCUCGACCCCGAAAUGGCCGCCGCGAAAGUACCGGUGCCGCAGGAGCGGGUGCCAACCGUGUGCGCAAGAACUCGACCGCCAACAACGCCGCCUCCAUGCGACCCCGCGCCAACACCAUUAGCCAUAUCAACACAACGGCUCUCGGCCUUGCGGAGGGAGGCAACCCUUCGUCUGCACCGGGCCAGCCGGGCCACGCGUACCAUGCUAGCCUGAGUACUUCACUGGGCUCAAACCUAGAUUACAGGGGAUUCAGCUCCGGUCACCCACCCGUCAAUGCCCUGCCGAAAUUGGAGACCUCAGGUCUCUCGAUGGACAUGACGGGUGCUCUCCGAACGGCUCCGGUCUACGGCAGCUUCGACCUUGGCAUUGAUGGUAUGCUGAUGGGUCACGGCAGCACCAUCAAUCCCGCCCAAUUGCAUUUUGCAGGCUCUCCUCAGGGGUUUGGUGACUCCCCUUCAUCUCCGUUCGGCCACCCCCAAAAUCAGGGACUGACCCAUCCGGAUUCCAUGAUGGACGAAGAGAUCAACUUUGACUGGAUGAACGGCUUCGACGCUGCCGUCGCGCUAGGGAACGGUAACGAGUCGGUUAUCGACGAAUCGUCCCCAUCGGCGAUGAGCACAGGUAGCCAAAGUGGGAUCAGUGAGGCAAUGUUGGAUGGCCCCAACCGCAUCCCGAUCUCAAAUGGCUGGCAUAAUCCCUUCCCUGGACAUUCUGCGGCAUCUGCCAACCAGUCCGCCAUCGAUUUCUCACCGACGACCCUGAAUGAAUUGGGAAUUCCGCCAGAGACGGUGUCACCCAAGUCGUUGAUGACCCAGAAUCCGUUCGCAGAGGCUUAUGCCACACCUCCCUCCAUGACCUCGGUCGGCCAGCCCAUCGUGGGAGGACAUUCGCAGAGUAUGUUUUCAUCCUCAAUGGCAACAAACGGAGAAUCUCCUAAUCCUCUCAACGUUCCUUUCCCGAAUAGUGCCCUACGAAAUCAACAUUCCACACUCUCAACGGAUACAUUUACAGACUCCACACGACAGGCUCUACUAGCGAGCAUGUCGCAACCCACUGGCUUCAACCACCGCAAGUAUUCUCAACCCGCUUCCAGUCUUCUCAAUAGCCGUGAGCUAUUCUCUCGCUCAACCGGUUUGAACACAUCUGGUCAGCUUCCCAGCACAUCAGAUAUGCAACGUUAUAUUUCCGCCUACAUCACCUAUUUCCAUCCUCAUCUGCCAUUCCUCCACAUCCCCACCCUCAACUUCCAAGCCCCAGAGUACACAAGUAAUUUGCGCACCCCGAGCGGACACCUCAACCUCAGUUCUACCGGUGUCGCAGGAGGUGGCGGCUGCCUGAUCCUCUCCAUGGCCGCCAUUGGCGCACUUUACGAAUAUGAAACAGCGUCCUCCAAAGAACUCUUUGAGGCCGCCAAAAAGAUGAUUCAAUUGUACUUGGAGGAGCGUCGCAAGGCGGACAUGUCUGCGGCAUUGUGCCGUUCUCAGUCAGCGCGCGACAACUCUGUUCACAAUACUCCUCUCUGGCUUGUUCAAGCGAUGUUGCUUAAUGUGAUCUACGGCCACGCCUCCGGAGACAAGACAUCUGCCGAUAUUGCUAGUACCCAUUGCGCCGCACUUGUCAGCCUCGCUCGGGCUGCGGAGCUGACGCAUCACCUUGAUCCCAAGAACCUUCCACAAGACCACCUCAGUUCAGCUUUCAACGGCACAAAUACCUGGUCCUCGCCCUCAUCCAGCCAGUCUCAAGAGCAGCGCGAGUGGUUGAACUGGAAGAUGGUUGAGGAACGGAAACGUACACUCUACGCAAUCUUCGUCCUUUCAAGCUUUCUCGUCUCCGCGUACAAUCAUGCUCCUGCUCUGACCAACUCUGAAAUUCGUUUGGACCUUCCAUGUGAGGAGGAUUUGUGGGCCGCCGACUCACCUCAAGCAUGGAAACAUAUGGGUGCAUCGUCUUCUGCCAAACGAGGAGUGUCGUUCUCGGCUGCUCUGACCUCUCUCUUGACAGCCAGUCAACGGGAACAGCAAAACAAGUCGUCAAACCUGUUCUUCGGCGGCGGUAGUACGGACGAUCCGACAAACGCCGAGAAUCGCCCGAGCACCUUUGGUUGUCUUGUCCUCAUCUACUCACUGCACAACUACAUCUGGGAGACGAGACAACGGCACAUGGGUCGGCAAUGGACUACUCAAGAGACCGAAGCCAUGCAAUCCCAUAUCGAACCAGCAUUGCGAGCCUGGCAGGCAGCUUGGGCAAGUAAUCCCGUGCAUAGCCUCGAGCGACCCAAUCCGUUUGGUGCAGGGCCGCUGUCCGCCGACAGCAUCCCAUUACUCGACUUAGCUUACGUGCGAUUGUUUGUCAAUUUGGGUCGGUGUAAGGAGGCGUUUUGGCAGCGCGACUGGAAUGGCAUGGCGGACGAGCUCGCGCGGGGAACAGAUGUCUUUCAUCAGACAGAGGAAGCGAUUCAUGAUGUCUUGGACCCGUCACUGACUGGGUCCAUGGAUGUUCGGCGAGGAUCGACGAAUGAUUUGGGAGUCGGUGAACUCACGCUCUCGAACGGUCAGACUCAAGACCAGUCCAUGCAGUCGCUUUCCAACAUGUACAGGGCUGGUCAAUCCAAACGCGAGAAGCAUCUUCGCAAAGCUGCCUUUUAUGCCGCCGACUCGAUUUCCAUGUCGGACCGGCUUGGCAACACAUUCGCCGAGUUCUCUUCUCGGGAGCUUCCCAUUCAAUGUGCAAUGUGUGCCUUUGACUGUGCUCAGGUGCUGGCCGAAUGGAUUACCACCGUUCAAGAACGCGUCGGCCCGUACUUGGGCAUGCUUGGCCGUGAUGAUGUCGACCUGUCACAGGUCUCGGGUGUGAUGCUUUUGGAAGAUGAGGAUUGCAAGCUCAUUGACAAAAUCAAGGAGAUUCUUGGAAGUAUUGAGAGAAAAAUGCAGCGCACCGUGCAGAACAGCAACACUAUGUCUGCUCUGAGCGUGAUGCAACGAUUACCCAGUGUGGUGGAGGGUGGAUACGGAUGUAAAUUAUUGAUUGCUACCGCCAGCCUGCUCGACCGAGCGGCGGUGUGGCCGGUGACGAAACUGAUGGCGCGCUCGCUGGAAGCGCAGGCGAUGCGGAUGAAGGAGCGUUCAGAGCAAUCUUGCUCCCACGCGAUUAUGAUGACUUCUUAA